AUGCUGAUAAAGGACCGUGCAAUUCCAAUUGGCUCCGUUGUUGUUGUCGUCGGUGGAAAUGGACUCAUCGGCUUAGAGACAUGCGAGAAGCUUUUGCAGGCUGGGUAUAAGGUCAGAGGAACCGUCAGAGAUGUAAUUCAGCAUUCGGCUUGGAUGCAUAAUCUGUUUGAUGAAAAGUGGCCUGGACAAUUCGAACUGGUCUCCGUGGUCGACUUUGAGGAGAAGGGCGCGUUCGACGAAGCCUUCAAAGGAGCCGCGGGAGUUAUUUACGCCUCGACGCCAGUCAACUUCCAUCCUGAUCCCGCAAUGGUUGUCGGUCCAAUCGUCAGAUCCACGAUUAACACUCUAGAAGCUGCAGCCAAAGCAGGAGUCCAACGUUAUGUGCUGAGCUCUAGUUCGAAAGCUGUGGAGGCCACCGGAUAUGACGGUAUACCUCGCCGUCUCACGGCUAGGAUGUAUAACUGGGAUUGCCUCCUGGAGACUUCUUGUGGGCCGAGGCAUGACUCCUUCGAGUGGCUCCUAGAUGUAUACAGUGCCGGCAGGACCGUUGCAGAGAUAGCCUUCUGGUCUUGGAUCGCCGAGCACAGGCCCUCGUUUGUCGCGAACUGCGUCGUCCCAGACGGGAACUUUGGUCGUGGUCUAAACGGCGCGACAUCGUCGAACCAAAUGCUGAAAGAGGCCUUGGCUGGCGAUUGGGACUCUGUUCCUAUGCCUCUGGGUUUCCUAUGUGACGUGGAGGAUACGGCGCGGCUCCUGGUCGCUGCAACUGCCAAAUCCUCUCUUUCCAAUGAACGGAUCUUUGCAUACCAUAAGCAUUUGACUUGGGAUGAUCUUCGCCAGAAGGUCCGUUCAAUCCGACCGGAACUUGUCAAGGGCGACGACCAGCGUCUGCGGGGCAGUUAUCUCUCGAGCGCCGAGGGCGAGGUCAAUCGGGCAGAGGAGAUCUUAAAGGACGUUGGUCAACCAGGGUUCACCAGCGAGGAUUCCAUGCUGCAGAACUUUCUACAGACCUGCUUUUUGCUUUGA